AUGCAUGGAGACGUGCGGUUCACGCAUCUGUUCCUGCUGUUUCUUUCCUGCCUCUCCAUCGCGCAUGCCUUCUACAUACCCGGCUGGUCGAUCAAGAGCUACCGCGAAGGCGAGGAGAUCCCGCUGUUCGUCAACAAGGUUUACUCCGACAACACCCAGCUUCAGUAUGCCUACUCCGAACUACCAUUUGUGUGCCCGCCGAGCGGCCGACGACACGCCGGCACCAACCUCAUCAGUGGCACGAGCCUUUCCCUUAACCUCGGAGAAGUCCUUCGAGGGGACCGGAUCAUGGUCUCAGACUACGAGCUAGUCAUGGGCAACGAUGAAGAGACGCGGUAUCUGUGUAGUCACAAGGUGGACCGUCAUGCACUGAGACAGGCCCAAGAGCUUAUAAGAGAGGGUUACGUAGCCGAGUGGAUCGUCGACAACCUGCCCGGUGCGACGAGCUUCGUCACAACGGACAAGUCCCGCAAGUACUACGCCGCAGGCUUCAAGCUUGGGUACGAAGAUUAUUCGAGGACAGGAAGACCACGCUACUUUAUCAACAACCACGUCACCCUGGUCAUCCGGUACCACCAAGCUCCUGGCAAGGACGGGCGGCAGGGCAAGAAGGUCAUUGUUGGAUUUGAAGUGUAUGCAAAGAGCAUUGAGGCCGGCAACCGCAACGACUCGGGCCUUCCGGCAGACAUCCACAACGUUCAAAACGGCAUGGAGCUGAGCAUGGCUCCUAACCGGACCAAUAUUGAAAAGUACGUCGACUCCUCCUACAUACCCGAGGAGGAAGAGGAUAUCGACAACAACUCGACCCUCACCAUUCCCUACAGCUACUCGGUCUACUUCCGGGAGGAAGAAAAGCUUGAGUGGCAGAACAGGUGGGACAUGUACUUCGUCAACCAGGAAGAUAGCUCGAAGAUCCACUGGCUGGCCAUUGUUAACUCGCUGGUGAUCUCGGGAGUCUUGACCGCCGUUUUCGCAGUCAUCAUCACCCGCACCAUCCGCGGCGACAUUAAGAAGUAUGGCGAAAGCGCGCUCGAGGACGGCAAAGCCAGGGUUAAACGAAUCAGAUCGCCAAGGACGCCUAGAACGCCUAGGAGGAGCCUCGACAAAAAUGGUCUGCUAGAGAAGAUUGAUGGCGCGGACGCCGAUGCCGACAGUUCCUCCGACGAGGAGUCCAUCAUCGAAGACGCAACCGGCUGGAAGCUAGUCCACGGCGAUGUCUUCCGCCCGCCGCCGUAUGGCCAACUGCUCGCUCCGCUCGUGGGGUCGGGCAUGCAGCUCGUCUUCAUGGCCGCGUGCCUGCUCCUGCUCAGUUGCUUCGGCGUGCUGAACCCCAGCUUCCGCGGCGGGUACGUGAGCGUCGGCAUGGCGCUCUUUGUCUUCGCAGGCGUCUUCUCCGGCUAUUUCUCCGGAAGAGUGUACAAGACUUUCGGCGGCCAGCGCUGGCAGAAAAACGUCGUAGUUACGGGGACCCUGGUGCCGGGACUUCUUUUCGCCAUUGUCUUCAUCCUGAACUUCUUCGUCUGGGCCCAGGCGUCCAGCACGGCUAUGCCGUUCGGCACCCUGGUCGGCCUUGUCGCGCUGUGGCUCCUCAUCCAGCUUCCGCUUGUCUACAUCGGCAGCUGGUAUGGCUACGUGAUGGUUGGCGCCUGGGAGCAUCCAAUCAAGACGAAUGCGAUCCCCCGGCAGGUCCCGGCGCAGUGCUGGUACGCGAAGAGCGUGCAGACUGUGCUCGUCGCUGGAUUGAUCCCUUUUGCGGUUAUCUUUAUUGAGCUGCUGUUUGUGUUCAAGAGCCUGUGGCAGGACAAGAGCGGGUACUACUACGUCUUUGGGUUCCUUGGCGUUGUGAGUGCGAUACUAGUCAUUACAGUUGUUGAGGUCACGGUUGUGGCGACUUAUAUUCAGCUUUGCUCUGAGAACUACCACUGGUGGUGGCAAUCCUUCUUCGUCGGCGGCGCCAGCUCCAUCUGGAUCUUCGUCGCUUGCGUAUGGUACUACUUCAUGAGCCUACACAUCGAGGGCUUCGCAUCCAGCAUGCUCUUCUUCGCCUACAGCUUCUUGGCCUGUGCCGUUUACGGCCUGCUUACAGGGACUGUUGGGUUCUUGGCCGCUUAUGCAUUUAUUAGGAGGAUUUAUGGGGAUAUCAAAGCCGACUGA